AAUGACGAUUAUAAACCAUCAUGUCCAGGUUACUCUCUAGAUAGCGGGAUAGUGUUGCUGUGCCGUUUAUCCAUAUUCUGCGAAGAACAUUGCUGAACCAGAGAUAUAUUGAUGGUUUAAAACAGAAUUUUGUGUAGAUUUCGGGGUAUAGACAAACGCAUUCAGGCUGAUCUGAACUUUCAGGAUUGGACAAACGUAGGCUCAUCGUACAUUUUCAAUGAAUGCAACUUCAAGGAUGGCAACUACUGUCGGGUUAAACGAGUCUUACACGACAGACACUGUAGUCAACCAUUCAUGCACCUUCGUUUUACUUGAAGACGAAUGCGAACUGACCAUUCUCCUUUCCCUCAUCAUGUUCUUCAUCACGUUGUUCAACAUUAUCUUCGGGGUCAUCGCCAACGUUCUCGUAAUCGGUAUCAUUCUUGCGACUAAAGAAAUGUGGACGAUUCCCAGCAUGUACCUUGCGAAUCUUGCAGUCAGUGAUGUGCUGGUGCUACUGUUUGUAGCAGGGCUUAAUUGCUACGAGUACUAUGUCGGGGCUUUCCAACCGAAGGAAUAUUACAACCCACAGAAAUUUGUAUAUUACAUGGAGAUGGUGACGUCCAUGGCAACCGUAGCGAUGAUGAUCGCCCUCAGCGUUGACCGAUUCUUUGCUAUCGUCUAUCCUUUGCGGUCCCAGAAGUAUCGUUCAAAGAGAACGACAAGAAGAGUUUGCGUGGCUGUCUGGAUUUAUUCGUUUUGUUUCGGAGGAAUAUACUUCGGAUCUCAAUUUGGAGGCAACGUUCUUGAAGCGUGGAAGGAACAUAACUCUGAAUAUCUGAUCCCUUUUGGAGCUCUCUUAACAUACGCAAUCCCCCUAAUCAUCAUCUUCGGUUGCUACACAGGAAUAAUAUAUACUAUAUGGAAGGAAAGGAUUUCUCAAGAACACACAUCUGACUCGACACGCAAUAGACGCGUGAGACAAAAGCACGCCGUGCUACGCGCAUCCGUGCUUGUGGUUGCCCUGUUCGCGCUCAUACAAGGAUUCUUCAUCGCUUCGUUCGUGUGGAUCUCUUUUGGAGGAUCUCUCGUGGAGCCAUCCGUCAUCAUCAUCGAGUUCCACGUCGCGCAAGGCCUGUAUCAUCUUAACAGUCUCAUCAAUCCGUUCCUGUAUGCUCUCUCGCACGAGAAGUUUUAUCAGUCUAUCAGGCGUGUUCUUUCCUGUUCACCUUCCCGCAUCAAGUGGAAGAAAUCCAAGGAAAUUCAUCAAGCUCAUACCAGGAAAACAAACGAUGAAGGACGACCAACUACACUUUCUCAAGUAAUUUUAUCAGAGGACUUGAAGUCGCAAGGGGUCUAUAAUCACCCUCAUGACGUCACCAGGGCAGAAAUCUCCACUAGAUUGUAACGGAACUUUUCUUUGGACUAUAAUUAGGCUAGAUUGACGGUAUAAAUAACAGAAGUGGCGAAUUGAAGAUUUCAAAGCCAUUAGCUUACUGUAGAUAGGAUACGUUUAGGCAUUCGGUUUGAUGUAGGCCGACAAGUUUGUUUUAUUCUUUAUCAUGGUUGUUCUAUCUUAUGUUCAUAUGUCUAUAUAUAUUUUUUUUUUAGGUAAUUGGAAUCUACAAAUAGAUGAGUUUUCCAGAAUACUUCCAUUAUAGCCCUCCAUGCCCAUAUCUGGAAUGUAGGCAAUGUGUAUUCGGGAAUCGUAUGUAUACCUCAACAGGUUGUCACAGUCAGACUUCAUGGACUUUCGCUAUAAAACUUGUAUUUACAGAAUUAAAAAAAUCAAUAAAAGUUAACAAUCAUUUUUGUAUCAGUAAAGAACAUGAAAUUUAAUAUUCUGAUGACAUGAUCAAUGUGAAAACAGCAGCUCACUUUGUACUUUCUACUUGUUGCAAUAGCUCUGAAACGUUGCUCUUUCAUGUCUUUUGAAGUUAUACUUGGAUGACCGCUAUUUCAUAUGCGAGUGGAGGUGGGAAACUGCAUGAUUUUGGUUGGUUUUAUGUACACACGGUAUGCCAAUAAGAAAUAAUCUUUCAUGAUUACCUGUAGGAAAAUCAUCAAAUGAAUGACAAUGAAAAUUAUCGCUUGAAAUUAUGACUCAUUACCAUUCCAAAGAUACCCCCAAAAGGUUUUAAUCACCAAGCACCACUGAAACCACUGUUCUAAAAAAUAUUGUAAAAUAGCAGGUGCUUCAAUUUCACUACAUAUUGAAUCGAGGAAUGAGUAGGUGUGUGUGCCCGAUAAGAAUGAACUUAGGGCUAUAAAUUUUCCCUGUCAAGCUUACUUGAAAUUAGUUAUUCUUACUCGUUUAAGUUCUACUUAUCUUCAAAGCGGAUUUCAUUUUUGUUGCCACAUAUUUCAUAUUUUUCUAAUAAAAAGGCAUUGAAGUUGGGUUUCCCUUUUUCGAUAGAUAUCAUCAAUGAAAAUGAAAUGCGCAUAUAAAGUAAAAGUAGACAUGCAUUGGUCUAUUUACAGCAGGUCGGACCCCCUAACCAAAAAACACCAUCACAAUUAAAUAGUCUAUAUUAACUUGAGCUCAUAUAUUUUAAUUAAGAUUUUCCAUUUACAAUAAUUGCAGAUGACAAGGCUUAACUCUUUGUGUUGUCUAAUUUUGCACCAGAUAAGAUAAAGAACAUCCAUGAUGAAAUACAUGAUACCAGUCUAAUAAAAGGUGAUCCUUAGAAGAGCUGAACAUUUCUA